AACGACAUAGCGAUAAGCAGACAAUUCCAGCUAUAAAAAUCGUUAAGCCAAGUCAAGCAAACCACAUACCACAAAUCUCAAUUAUGCCACUUGAUACAUCUGAAAUGGAUAAGUUUGUCGGGAAGAAACUAUUCCCAAACAAAGAUGACCAGCGGAACACUGUGAACGUAAACGAAUUGCCAGGAUUUUAUCGAGUUGUUCGUCCUGGCAUGAUGGUGACAAGAGACUUUCAUGAAAACAGGUACAACUUUCAUACCGACGAUUCUGGAACCAUAACUCGUGUUUCCAGAGGCUAAAACAACGGGAAAUGCUUAUAUGUUAUAAAGUGAAGUUGCGUGUAUGAGUUUAUCGCGCGAGUGUAUGAUAUGCUUCUUCUUCCCACAUUAAGAGGAAGUUUCGUUAUGAUUGUUCUGAGUGUCCUCGUCACCAUUCUUGUAUGCAAAUCCGACGACGUAACCAUCCUUGGUUCCAAGAAGCAGUCUAGAAUGCUGAUUGUUGUCCAAAACAACUACCUCCGAGUUCAUAGAGUCAUUGUUCCAUUCGCAAAUAAAGUCUUUUUCUUCUUUGCUUAAUUGUCCUGAAACUAGACGCGUUCAUUCGUUAAAACAAG